CCAACGCACAGCUGAAUCGACAUCGCGAAGGCCGAUCGUCGAACUGCGAACUGCUUUGCUCAAACAACUCGUUUGACCUGCAUCUCCAUUUUGGAACUGCCGAUCACUCCGCGUCUCUCCUGAGGCACGCGACCGUAACCGGAGAUCCGGGCGAGCGGCUGCCAUCUACCACGACUCUUUGAACACAAACCCGCUCAACACACCAAUCGAAAAUGAAGGUCUUCUCCAACGCCGAGACGUUCAACUACUCCUGGGAGGAGGUAUCGACCGCCAACUGGCGCAAGUACUGCCCAUGGAACCAAAAAUCGACGCACGUGGUCGCCGUCGACACGCUGUCGCGGACCGUCGACCCGGAAACAGGCAUCCUGCGCACCGAGCGGCUCAUCACGUGCCGGCAGAGCGCGCCCGACUGGCUCAAGAGCCUGAUGGGCGGCAGCAUGGACGAGUCGCAGGUUUACGAGACGUCGUACGUCGACCCGCGCACACGGACCGUCACCAUGGUUUCGGCCAACCUCACAUGGUCCAACCUCAUCAACGUGCAGGAAACGGUCGUGUACCGGCCGCUGAACGGGACCCAGACGCGCUUCGAGCAGGCUGCCAAGAUUACGGCGCUCUGCGGCGGGUGGCAGCGCAUCAAGAACAGCAUCGAGGACACCCUUGUCAAGCGGUUUCGCGAGAACGCCGUCAAGGGGAAGGAGGGGUUUGAGGCUGUGCUGGCUAUGAGCCGCCGCGUGUUUGCCGAGGAGCGCGAGCGCGAGAAGAUUAUGAUGCUGCAGGCGCAGGCUGGGAAUAUCCGUAUGGCUGCUGCGGCUUGAAAGGGAGUGCCGCGGAUCUUGGGAGCGGGAACUCAGCAGCGUUUCGCCAACGGGGUCGUCACCGCAUAUCUCGGCUCAGAUGGUAUCUGAUGGUACCAGUAAAUGGGAGGAAGGCAAAAUGGGCAUGACAAGGGCGUCAAGCAACGUGUGCGUGCCUGAAGUAACAAAGAGGGGCCGCGUACUUCAACCAUGACGGACAACGAAGUUUACGCUGUGACGUCGCAAAGUGACGAGCGACACAUAUUCAAAGAGGAUUUACAUCUCUCGGGCGGGGCGAACUUGCAUUGGCCGCCCGUACCGGGCCGGCGAAGGAAAAAG